AUCCAUCGCGAAGAAAUUUUCAAUAGUAGUUAGUUAUGUAAUUGGUUGAUGAUACUGAAUUGCGGCAAGGCAACGGACCUCUCCGUCUGAAUUGGCUCGUGGCUUUAUUCGGCAUGAAUGAUGCCAUGCUGAUGCGGUUGUCAAUGGAGACUUUACGAGGAGUGAGGGAGUUAUUGGGACUUAGAUUUUCCGGAUUGGGAAAGAGAGCUGCUGGAAGAAGAGUUGUAUUUAUAAAGUCUGUCCGGACCAACUCCGGGAUGACGGCACCCGGGACUGUUCCCAUAAGUCCACAGAUCAAUAAGCCUUUGGAUAAGGACAAUAAGGUGGUCCCUGAUGCAGACCCUCCGUCCGCCAAUGACGUCAACCUCUUGUAUCAGUUCAUUGAUCAAAGUAAAAAGCUCAUGGUGAUGACUGGAGCAGGGAUAAGCACGGAGUGUGGAAUUCCUGAUUAUAGAAGUCCCCAUGGAGCUUAUAGUACAGGUUUCAGACCAAUUACCCACCAGGAAUUCAUUCGCUCUAGGCGGGCACGAAGGCGAUACUGGGCUAGAAGCUAUGCUGGAUGGAGAAAAUUUACUGCGGCACAGCCUAGUCCAGCUCAUCAUGCAUUAGCAUCGCUUGAAAUGGCUGGGCGGAUAGAUUUUAUGAUAACACAAAAUGUUGAUAGGUUGCAUCAUCGUGCUGGUAGCAAUCCCCUGGAGUUGCAUGGAACUGUGUAUAGUGUAAUUUGUAUUGAUUGCGGCUUUUCCUUUUGUCGGGAGCUGUUUCAGGAAGAAGUGAAGGCCCUCAAUCCGAAGUGGGCAGCUGCAAUUGAAAAUUUGGACUGUGGAAGCCCUGGCUCGGACAAAAGCUUUGGUAUGAAGCAGAGGCCUGACGGUGACAUCGAGAUUGAUGAGAAAUUCUGGGAGGAAGAUUUCAAUAUACCUACCUGUCAAAAAUGCCGGGGGGUUCUCAAACCUGAUGUCAUAUUUUUCGGGGAUAAUGUGCCCAAAGAUAGAGCUGAUAGAGCAAUGGAGGCAGCCAAAGGGUGUGAUGCUUUUCUCAUGUUGGGAUCAUCUAUGAUGACUAUGUCUGCUUUUCGGCUUGUCAAGGCAGCUCAUGAGGCAGGUGCUGCUACAGCGAUUGUAAAUAUAGGUCCGACGCGAGCAGAUGACAUUGUGCCGUUGAAAAUUAAUGCCCGACUGGGAGAGAUUCUCCCAAGGGUGCUAAACGAAGGUUCCCUAAGUAUCCCAGCUCUCCAAUGAUCAUUAUUUGCAUAUAAAGUGGAAUCUCAGUGUAAUGACCAACCGUGCUCAACUUGUUCCGCCAUGGCUCUUUCAUUUGGCUAGGCUGCUUACGAUCUCCCGGAAAUUUUAAUUGGAUGUAAUUUAAUCAUAUCGGAUUAGGACUCUACGUGAAAUUGAUGUCCGCACUGUUGCCUAUUUAAUUGACAUAUCAUAAUAAGGCCGGACCAGUUUGUUCAAGUUGGUCUGCAGAAACAUUGGAUAGUUCAGUUCAACUGGUUGUACUGUAUCAACAUGUCUAAGCGAGGGCAUUCCUAAUUUUUAGGGGCAGAUCUCGCGUUCACUAUGGAAUGUUGAAGAUACGCUGUUGAUUCAUGUGA